ACCCUCGAUACAACUCAAACUAUGACAUUUCAUGGAGGACAUGCAUAUAUUGGUGAAUAUAAUUUAACACUUCAAGGAAAACAAUAUAGCUUAUCUGGAAUUUGGGUUCAAAAUGGUCCACCAUCUGAUCUAAAUAGCAUAUUUGUCGGACUUGGGGUUAAUCCAGACUUAUACGGAGAUAGUAAACUUCACAUAACUGCACGUUGGACGGCAGGUAGAUCUGGAUGUUACAAUUAUGAUUGCCCUGGUUUCGUGCAAGUAGGUAGUGAAAAAGUACUUGGAGAUGUCGAAUCAGAUGUUUCUACUAUUGGGGCAAUAGACAAAAUGGUUCUUGCUACCACAAUCAAACAAGAUAAAUCCACGGGUCAUUGGUGGUUAUGUUUUCAUAAAAAACCAGAAUGUUUUGGAUAUUGGCCAAAAGAAUUAUUCUCUCACUUAAGUUCAGGAGCAUCCAUGAUUAGAUUUGGCGGUGAAACUUAUAGUCCGACUGGAGAGGAUAGUCCUCCAAUGGGUAGUGGAAGAUUGCCACAAGAAAAAUACAGAAACUCGGGUUUUAUGUUAAGAGUUGAGAUUUUAAAUUCAGAAUAUAAUGAAAUUGACGUGCUUCCUAAAAAUAUGAAAAUAAAUAAAGGGGGUAAUUUAAAUUGUUAUGACUUGUUAUAUCGUGGUGAUGAAGGACUCGACAUUCAUCAAUCUUUUUUGUAUGGUGGGCCAGGUGGAAAGUUGUGCUAAUUAUUCUAUCGUAAAAUAAGGUUAUUCAAAGUCUUUAUAAAACUUAUUAAAUAAAGUUAAUGA